GUGUGUCUGUGUGUGUGUGUGUGUGUGUGUGUGUGUGUGGCUCGGUGUUUCCUGGAUGAAAUCUCGACAUUAUGACGUUUAACUCUAUUAUAGCCGCUAUUGUUGAGCCUGGAGGUGGGAACGGUGGACUCGUCAGACCGAGGACGACGCGGGACACCGGGCGUUUUUAGUCCGAGCAUCGGGACCAGGACCCCGGAGUCUUCAUCCCAGAGAUGGAGGGACUGACCGAGAUGGGCGAGGAAGGGGUUGAGUUGGCGGGAUCAGCCACCACAGCAGCUGUUAUGAACACCAGCCUAGAUGGUGCUUCAAACACCACCAACAUUACCUUUUUCCCCUACUAUCAGCACUCUCUGUAUGUGGCUGCCAGCUACAUCCUGGCCUACUUCCUCAUAUUCCUGCUGUGUAUAAUAGGGAACACCCUGGUUUGCCUGAUCGUACUGGCAAACCAUCGCAUGCGCACAGUCACCAACCUCUUCAUCCUCAACUUGGCCAUCAGUGACCUGCUGGUGGGCAUCUUCUGCAUCCCUACAACACUGGUGGACCACCUCAUCACAGGUUGGCCCUUUCCCAACGCUGUGUGCAAGAUGAGCGGCUUGGUGCAGGGCAUGUCUGUUUCUGCAUCAGUCUUCACCCUGGCGGCCAUAGCUGUUGAAAGGUUUCGCUGCAUAGUGUACCCUCUCCAAGCCAAGCCGACUGUGCUUGUUGCCAAGGCAGCCAUCGUGUUGAUCUGGUUGCUAGCCGCGGGGAUCAUGUGUCCUGCUGCCGUGGCCCUGACUGUGGAGGAAGUUCCUUUCCACUACAUGGUGUACAAUGAGGACUUCAACCACACCUCCCCCCUGUACACCUGCUACGAAAACUUCGCCAACCCUCAGAUGAGAAAGGUCUACACUGCGGUUCUGUUUGCUCACAUCUACCUGGUGCCGCUCACUGUCAUCACAGUGAUGUACGGAAGCAUCGGGGGCAAACUGUGUUCUUCUGUGGUGGUGAACACAGAGCCAACGCUGGCCCGAGUCCGGGCUGGGGGCCGAAGGGCUGGUCAGCCAAUGAUUUCCCCCAAAAAGAUCAAGGUGAUAAAGAUGCUCAUCCUGGUGGCUUUGCUCUUCAUGCUGUCCUGGUUGCCACUGUGGACCCUGAUGAUGAUGGCUGACUACGCAGGCUUUGACAGAGACCAGCUGGACCUUCUGACCAGCUACAUCUUUCCCUUUGCUCACUGGCUUGCUUUCUCCAACUCCAGCGUCAACCCCAUCAUCUACGGCUACUACAAUGAGAACUUUAGGAGGGGCUUCCAGGCGGUGUGCAAGUCCAGGCCUUUUUGUUGCCUCAUUCAGUGCCAGCUGUGGAGGAGGGCCAAGUGGAGCAGGAAAGACAGGUCCAUGCAAGCACCUGGGGAAGGUACUGACUUCAGAGAUGCCGCUAACAAUCACAGCCAUCUUGUCUUGGGGAUGAGACAUCGAGUCCAUAGCGACAACAAGUUGCAGGAAACAGCAGAGGUGAAUAGGAGUGUAAAGGUGGGGUGUGUGGUGGUCCACCCAGAGAGAAGUCCCUCAGAUCGAGCGUUAGAAAUGACAGCUGUACAUAAGAAGGACCCUAAUGUUGAGGAUUCAGAGAGGGCCAGUUCCCUGGCUCCUUCAGUGUAUCAGGCGUGGGAGAACUAGCAGUGUUACCCAGAAAUGAUCCAAACAAAGGCUUGGUCUGGUGCUUAUGGUCCAAGGGAAGAAUCCAUUAUCAUCACCUGAUGUUGCAUGUGUAAUGUGGUUCCUGUUUUCAAUUAUGGUGACUAGGGAUUGUUACUGGUUCUUCAACUAGCUGCAUAACUGGAGGAGAGAAAAACAAAUCAAACAUCCCUUUUAAUGCGUGUUUGCUUAACAGGAAAUGUUGCCCGUGUGACGGGGGGGUGGCAGGUAAUGAAGAGCGGACGGAUGCCAGUACUGUCGCCUUGUUUCUGAACAAAUGUUGACAGCUUUGUGGUAUAUAAGAGCAUAAAAGAGGAUCUCGUGGAUGUCCAUAUUAUAAUAAGGGUUUGUGUUGACUGGUCAUAUGUGGUUGUUAUUUGGCAAGUAAGUUAUGGUGUAUCUCAGGGGAUGUUACAGAGUAAUCCAGGAGUUAUGUACUAGUAGUGUAACUAGUUACUUUCAGCAGUGAGUAAUGUAGAAAGUAAAGCAUAACUUAAAUAACCAGUAAUAUGUAAUCCAUUCCUUUUUUAAGUAACUUCCCCCACACGGCUAGGGAUGGAAGGAUGCAUCGGGAAUCGUUUGAAAUCGAAAUGUGUAAAGAUCACAAGAUCAAAAAUGAGAUAAAAAAUGGAUGCAAAGGGCCAAGGGCGUAAACAAUAAUGAAGAAAAUCUACCUCCACAACUUGGCAGAUGUACAAAGGUCAGUGUCAGCUCUCCUAGGUUAUUACACAUUAUAAAGUACCAUAAACUACAACCUUUAGUUUCCAUUAGUGUACACAAUAAAUAACACCUGGCUUAUCAGAAUAAUGGACAACCAUGACACCUUUAAGUGGAAAAAAAUAAGUAAGCAAUCAUUUAUUUUAACCCAUCCAUCCACCCAUCCAUCCAUCUUCCAUCCAGCUUAUCCGGGGUCGGGUCGCGGGGGCACGAGGCCUCCUCCCAGCUGGACAUGCCUGGACCACCUCCCUAGAGAACCCCCCAGGAGGCAUCCUUACCAGACGCCCGAACCACCUCAACUGGCUCCUUUUAAUGUGAAGGAGCAGCGGCUCUACUCCGACCCCCCCACGGAUGGCUGAGCUACUCACCCCAUCUCAAAGGGAGACGCCGGCCCCCCUGCUGAGUGUUUGAUGCUUGAUGCGAGCCAGCAUCAUUACCAACAUCCGAGUACUCUCUUUGUCCCUGGUCUUUUUAUAUAAGAAUAAAGUGCAUCGGCGGGACUGGGAAUGGGUUUUUCUGUGAUAUUUAAAAUGAUUACUUUCCAGGAAAAUAACAUCACUCUUUUUUCAAGAAACCUAGAAUUUAUUUGUCAUUAAGGUAAUUGCAUUUUCAAAGAAGCAAUUUUCAGCCCCCUCACUCUCAUUGUCAUCUCUCCAAUUACAGUGUAGGUCCUCCUGAGCAUGUGUGUGUAUUUGUGAGUCUAAAUGUGAAUUUCCCCUUGCAAGAUUAAUAAACGUAUGUCUUUUUCUUCCUUGUAAAAGGACUACUAGCGACUCAGCUUACUGAGAUAGCUCUCUUUUGCUCUGCAAGGACAAUAAAAAAAUGUGUGGUAGAAUUAUCUUGAGCAUGAGACUGCAAACUGUUCCAAACUGGAGGUCUGGGCUUUGAAGAAGAGCCAUUUAGGAGGCAGGGGAGGUCUGAUGAAAAAGGCUUUCCAUGUGCAUUUUGGGAAGUGUGUAUUGUCACUUGUUUCUGAUUGCAUACAUUACAAAUUAGAUUUUCUGAAUAGAUCAGUUGUUUAUGAUUAAAAGUGGGACAUAGGCAGUAGUUCUGGACGAGAUCCCCGUGGCUACGGGCUCUGCUGUCGGCUUACAGACGGAAAGCUUAACACUUGUCAGUCAUAUCUCAAUGAAGAGAUCCCAUUACAAAAAACGUUGUGGUUCACACAGCGACGUCACAUCUUCCCUUCAGAGCCAUCACUUCAUUAUAGCACUUUUACAAAUUAUACAAAACUAGUAUGUGUCAUUCACACAACAAACCUUUCUGAAUGUUGUCUUGCUUUCUGUGUUAAUCUCCUAACUCCAAAGACGUCAUGUUAUCUUAAAGGAAAUUUAUUAUGUCUUUAUUAUCUAAAUCUUUUGUGUUGCUUGCUCUGUGUGUUAAGGUGUGUUUCGUUACGGCCCUGGUGUGGUGUAACUCCAAUGUGUCCUGCGUUGGUGUUGGCAGUGUGUGCAGCCGUGUUAUUGGAUUUUAGCUUUGAGAACAUCCCAAUCCCUAGUCUAUGUAUGAUUCUUAUUUUACAUAAACAACCAUCAUAAUGUAUGCAGGAAGGGAGAGUGCUUUUAAUCCUAAAUCUUUACCAGCAUUUUCAUUUUCAUUUGUAUUGGAUAUGUGAAGUAUGCCAGCAUAGGUGUGUUACAGGAGAUUGUGAUUUUGUGAUUACUGUUGAAUUCAUUUGAAUGUGUUAUUAUUAGUUCUUUUAGUGAACUGAUGCUGCACACGACUGGAUGUUUGUGGCUUGCAGUAAAAAACCUUGACUCAGUGUAUACAGUGUUUCUUUGUGCUUGCUCUUUAUACUGUAGCUCUGUUUCUAUGUACUGUAUGUACUUUGAGUGAUGUUUUCUUUUUUUCUAUUAUAGAUAUUUUUUAUUGUGAAGCCGCUUUUUACAUUUUUUUUCUCUUGACCUCAAAGCAGCUAGGAGCCUUUAGCUUUAGUGAUGAAAGACAAUGAGCAGGCUUGUCUUUUGACAUCUUACUUGCUUACUUACUUAAAUGUUAAAGUGUUUUGUUUUCUAAAAUGUUCUGUUUUCUGAAAUACUUUUAUGUUUUGACCUUCAAGGCCACCGUACAUUUAAGACCACUGUUUCAGGGGAUCUUC